AUGCGAACUCCUACUCCGACCACGUUGCGGAAGUCCGUCAUCGGAUUCGCUCUCACUCGGGCAGUCGUCGUUCUCGGAUCCGGCGCCAUCUUGAGGGGAGGUCUGGUUCGCGACCCUCAGGUCCCUUCCGCUAGUCGAUUCAUUCCUGGAGGAGUUCUCCAGCGAGGUGCCGUUGGUAAGCGAAGGAACGCCCGUGAAAUCUCCGUCGAAAUCCGCGAACUGCGAUUGAUCGAUCGAUCCGCUGUGGUUGUCUGGAUCUGGUUGCUCGUAGAGUUCUUCGUAGAACGCCAUGUCGUCAUCAGCAAGGUUACCCUCUGA